UACAACCUGUAUGAAUGGCGCUCUUCUUCGGGAGCGGCUGAUCCUAAGGCGCUCGGCGCGGGGGGGGCACAGCUGCUCGCACCCUGCCCGGCCCCAGCGUUAAUGGGAGCCGCGCUGUGUCGGACCGCUUGACCUGACGUAUAGCCAGCCUGCAGGCAGCACGGUUCUCGUCAAGGCUGGGACCGGGCGAGCUGGGAGAGAAAGAAGGAGUGGGAGCUCGCGGAUGGAGAGGCAGCGGUGCCUCCUUUGCUGCCCCCUCCCAAGUCUUGCUACUGUUAAAACCCCUUCUCUCCCCUCGCCGCCCCCGCUUGAAGGUCUGAGAGGUCCCGACUUCCCUGAAAGGGCAGCACCAAAGCUGGCGAGCCGGCAGGUCCGGGCUGGGGUCCAAACGACGUGCAAAGUCAAGAGGAAGGGCGGGGAGGGGCGGGGGUGCCUUGGGCCAAGCUGGCCUCCGGCGGGGAGAGUAGUGAGCCCCUCCCCACAUGCCUUCCGGCGGCGGGGUGGGAGAGUGGCCGUGGGUCCCAAUACCAAAGGAACAUUUUGUGGGCCCCCGGCGACUUGAGAAUGAGGGACUUUGGAGGCUGCUGCCGUCGGGAGAGAAGCGGGGGGGCGGAGAUGCUCCCGGCGCUGCUGCGCGCUUGGCUGGCGGCCGCCGCCCUCCUGGGGCGGCCCAGCGGCGGCUGCCCGGAGCCGUGCGCGUGCGUGGACAAGUACGCCCAGCAGUUCGCCGACUGCGCCUACAAGGACCUGCAGGAGGUGCCGGCCGGGCUGCCGUCUAACGUGACCACGCUGAGCCUGUCGGCCAACAAGAUCGCCGCCCUGCGGAAGGGCUCCUUCGUGGAGGUGACGCAGGUCACCUCGCUGUGGCUGGCGCACAACAAGAUCGGCGCCAUCGAGGAGGGCACGCUGGCCAUCCUGGUGCAGCUGAAGAACCUCGACGUCAGCCACAACCAGAUCGUGGACUUCCCCUGGGGGGACCUGUACAACCUCAGCGCCCUGCAGCUGCUCAAGAUGAACAACAACCGCAUGGUCCAGCUGCCCGGCCAGGCCUUCCACACCUUGCGGGACCUCCGCUCGCUCCGCAUCAACAACAACCGCUUCACCGCCGUCCUGGAAGGCACCUUCGACCCGCUGACCUCCUUGUCGCACCUGCAGAUCUACAACAACCCUUUCAACUGCACCUGCCAGCUCAUGUGGCUGAAAAACUGGACGGAGAACACCCUGAUCUCCAUCCCGGAGAGGGACUCCAUCAGCUGCGCCUCGCCAGAGCCCUGGAAGGGGCUGCCCUUGGCCAAGAUCCCUUACGUGCAGUGCGCGCCCCCCGCCGUCCAGUUGACCUACCACCCCAACUUGGACCACACCCCGCUCUACUAUGGCUUCACCCUCGCUUUGCACUGCCACGCUGUGGGUCUUCCCCAGCCAGAGGUCAGCUGGCGCAUCCAGACGUCGGGCAAGACCCUGGAGAUCAAAGGCUUGGGUGUGGAAAGCGAAGGCAAUGACCUGCCCUCUGACAAGUCCCCGGGAAAGCAGGAGAGGUUCCUGGCCUUCAGCAACGGCACCCUGGUGAUCCCCCACCUCAGCAAGAAAGAAGAAGGCACCUACACUUGCCUGGCCGCCAACGAGGUCGGCAGGAACCAGACCUCGGUCAACGUCGCCGUGGCGGACUCCCCGAAAGACCCCACGAGCCCACUGGUGGACCCCAGGACGCUGCCCGGAGACCGGAAGCCGGACGGCAAGGCCUCCAAGAACAGCGUCAUGAAACCCGAGGAGAGGCCCAAGGGCCGCCUGACGAGACCCACGCCCCGCAACUACUUCUCGGAGGGGCCCAGAAACGCCAGCGGCGAUGGGGAGGGCGCGCCCUUCCAGCCGCCCGACUUCGAGAAGAAGUGCGGCCCCAACGGGGCCGCGCUCUACAUCUCCAACCACGCCUUCAACCAGAGCGCAGAACUCAAGCCCCACAUCUUCGACUUGGGGGUCAUCGCCCUUGACGUCUCGGAGAGGGAGGCCAAGGUGCAGAUCACCCCCGUCUACGCCACCCCGGAGAAGAGCCACCUGCAGCGGCUCCUGUACCUGUGCGAGGAGAGCCGGAGGGGUCACUCGGUGGUGCAGUGGUCGCAGAUCGAGGAAGGCGUGAACGCCUACCGCUUCCAAGGCCUGCGCCCGAGCACCAACUACUCGGUCUGCGUGACCUACCUCGGAGAGGACUGCCAAGUGCAGGUGGUCUUCACCACCAAGAAGGAGAUCCCCUCGCUCAUCAUCAUCGUGGUGGUGAGCAUCUUCCUCCUGGGGCUGGCCACCAUCCCCCUGCUGGGGGCCACCUGUUGCCACCUUCUCUCCAAGUACCAAGGCAAGACCUACAAGCUCAUCAUGAAAACCCAGAACCCGGACCAGAUGGAGAAGCACAUGGCCGCCGACUUCGACCCCCGGGCUUCCUACCUGGAAUCCGAGAAGAAUUACGACCCAAGUGAGGUGGGGGAAGGGGACGAGGGAGGGGAGGGGGAGGGGAGGGGGGCGGCGGAGGGGGGGCCGCUGGAGAGGGACGAGAGCAUGAUGGCCGCCUCCCUGCCCGAAUCCCAAUCCAAAACCAACCAGGAGGAGUUUGAGGUGGGCUCCGAAUACAGCGACCGGCUCCCCCUCGGAGCUGAGGCUGUGACCAUCUCCCAGGAGAUCAACGGCAACUACAAGCAGCCGCCUCGUUGAGCCUUCCUCGGGCACUCCCGCAGCUCCGAGGCGCACGCACUGCAGAAUCUAAGAACGCGCCAGGAUGUUUGCGGGGCAGCCCCGGCGCCGCCGCCUGCUUCGCUACAGCCUUGACGAGGGGCCACUACUGUGGGGGAAGGGACACAUCUCCAGACGGAGACAAUUCGGAUCCCAGCCAGAGCUGGGUUGGUUUUGGGGGGGGGGGUUCGGUUCUCGGAGGUGCCCCCCCAAAUUUGGGCAAAGAAUGGAUCGGCUUUGGCAUGAGAGCCUGCGGGGGAAACAAAUUCACUUUCCCAAACUUGACACGCCUGGAUUGGGUAUGCGCCAAACGAAAGUCCUCUCAGGUCUCUCUGCUAUCUACUACUAUCCACAGCAACCCGUGCUGCGCAUCCCCUAAUUGAAUUAAUUUCUUUGGUAAAAAUUUAAACACAACCGAUUGACUAGAAAGGGAAAAAGAAAAGAAAAGCAAUUUAAAAAAAAAGAAAAAGAAAAAGAUGCCUUAACAUUUGCCGGCUCCAUGCUGCGCAGGCUGGAGAAUCCGUUGCUUUGAGAAGGGCAUGUCAGUCUCAUUUCAGGAGGUUGGCGCGCUGGACAGCUCCCAAAUCCCUUUCCCUACAGUGCCCACUGCCUAGUUGACGCCAGUUCGUGCCACCCCAACAAGGGCGUGGGGAGAGGCGGUAACUGAAGUCAGGAUCGGUCCCAGGGCACUGCCCAACUGCUUUGUCAGGUCGUCUGUACCCUAUACAGUGUUAACGGAGCCGUUCUGUAGAAAACCAAGAUAUGUGUAUGUACGUGUGUAACUUUGGACCUUUCGUGGGUGCAUUCAGUUGAAUCACAGGCGGAGAAGCUGAGAAAGCCCAGCUUUGGGUCUUUGUUCUUUCCCCACCCGGCCCUUGUCUGAGGCAUGCCACUCACAAAGAUCAGUAUUUCCUAAAUGUUUAUUCAGUAGAGUAGUUUGCUUAGAGAAAACGUAUUUGCCCUUGAUGUGAUUCUGUGAUGUUCAAAGGCAAAGUGAUCGAGGCCUCGGUGGGUUUUGCUGUUGACUUGAGAGGUGAAAAAUUUAAAUAACUUUGCAUCGGGUGCGUCUGUGGCUCUUUGAGUUUAUCAUUAUGAUUUAUUUUUUUUGGCCUCAGUUAACAAUAUAUAUAUAAAAAUAUGCAACCAGACCUCAGCUAGAAGACAGCACAAUCUUUUCCAGGGCGAGGAAAGCGAGAGGGAAACAGAGAGGCUGUGUUAAUUAUUGGCAACAGCCACCGUUAAAAGAAACAGACCGGACAAUAAAGAACGUUUUAUACCGCGCUUCUGUAUGUGAAAAGUCAAUAAAAGGUUGAGAGUGGA